AUGCCUGUCGUAGUUUUACCGGCGCUAAUCCCGGACAUUGAAGAGGUCUAUGACAUUUACUUUGCCGCAUUCAAAAAUGAGCCGAUGGGCGAAAUCAUGCUUGGAAUUCUGUUCCCCGGUGGCAUCACAGAGGAAUUUCGCAAGAGCCAUGCAGCCGCCACCCUGGACUGGUGGCACAAAAGCACCACUCAGUACACGUUCAAAGUUGUCGAAGUCGAGACUCGUGAGAUCAUAGGCAUGAUCCUUGCAGAUGUCUAUUGGAAGGAACGGAGCGAGCAAGAGCGUCAGUGGACCGGUAUUCCAUGGCUGCAGGGUGCCGAGAAAGAGCGAGCGGAGGCAAUCACUCGCCCACUGUGGGAGGUGAGAGAGAAGCUGUUUGGCGGGCGCCGGUAUGUGUAUGUACACGCCAUCGCCAUUAAGCCGGAGAAGCAGGGUCUCAAGGCCGGGAUGGCUCUAAUACAGUGGGGUAUUGAUAUGGCCGAUCGAGGGGAGGUGCCCAUCUACAUUGAGUCUUCUCCGUCGACUUGGAAGUUGUACGAGAGAGUGGGUUUCGAAAGAAUUGAGGAGAAGAUCGUGCACAAAAAGGAGCUGACUCACGCGAAAGAAGACAUUGAUGUACCUCUGAUGGUCAGAAUGCCCACGGUAGCGAAGGGCAUGACGUUCGACGAAUGGAGAGCUAAAGGAUAUCCUCCAUUCGAGCAGUGA